UAGUGGGUGGAGUAGGUGAGUAUGAACAGGUAAAAGUGUGCGUCAGUGCUGUGCAUGCUUGCUCAUCUACCGGACCCCUAAACACGUUGAGCAACACAGCCGUUGUGGAUUUAGCACACAGUACUCACCUGUUUAUACCGGAAUAAUGUUGAAGAAAACGCAGGGAUCGUUCGAGGUGGACCCCUCACGCAUACUUGUGAAGGGACCGGAAUUUUUGAGGAAACAGAUGGAGAGAGAAAACGAUGCGAAUAAAGGACGCGUCAGUGCGGUGGAGAGGCUGGCAGCCACUAAACCACAGUAUGUAAAAUGCCAACAAGAGGUCGGUUCCUCUCAGGAACCGGUUAUCAGCACCGGGUCUGCCUCUGGGAGCAGUCAAGGGUCUUCAAAGGAAGACGGUUCCUUAAAAUACACCUUUAAUGUUGAUUAUAAAGAGUUACCUGAAGAAGAUAGCAACGUGGUGAGACGGAGCAGCUCGAAGAAACGGGACUCGAUUCUGUUAUACAGACAGAAGUGUGAACUCUUGAGAGGAGCACCUGUACUGAGAAGGAGACUCGUCAGAAAGCCGUUACUUACCGUUAGAGACAAAUGUGGAGAAUCUGAGCUUCGCGCGCUUAGCGCCACAAGUAAGGAAUGUGGAAAAGAGUCCUCACAGGUAACUCUAACCGCAAGCGGGACAAACGAGGUUCAGAGAGCGACUCCUCACAGGAGAGUCACUGAAACAAAAGAGCAGGAGCGCAAGAGUCGCACAGGAGUGUCGCGCUCUAGCUCGGACAUCAGCUCGCGCUACUCGAAAAACUUCGCGGACUUUGACGUGUUCUUCAAAUAUUGCGGGCUCGACGGUGACAUCAUCGAGUCGCUAGGCAAAGAGAAUUUCUCCGCGCGCUCGGACGAUCUCAGCUCCAAUAUCAGGAGCAUCAGCGUGUCGACGUCAGAUGACGGACUUUCGAGCUGCAGCGACGGUUUGCAAGAGGAGGAAUUGCAGGAGACUGUCCGUCAAGGGUCGUCAGUGAUCGAGCGCAAUGCUCGGAUUAUCAAGUGGCUUUACAGCUGCAGAAAUGCAGCGGAGUCUGGAAAGACUCUUCGAGAUCUGGAUUAAAUUGUGUCGUGUAACAAAUUACUUUGUCUUGACUACGU